CCCACAAUGGCGUCAUGAACGUUCGGGAAAAAAAAAAAAAGGUCUAAACUCUGAUCCAGGAAUGGCGUCGGCGUAAAAAUAAUAAAGCUCACCGAGCAUGGAGGAAUUGUUCUUUAAAUCGGCCUUACCGGCGCUCGACUACCACCGACUGGACACCGACACCAGCUUGGCUCUGCCGGCCGAGCCUAGGCCUCGAUCCUCGGCUAGGCUUCCCUGCAGUGACCGGAGCUUGAGGGUGCAGCAGCAGGUUCAACUCACACUAUCGCGGAAGGCAAGAAGAAGCCUGUCUACUGGCAGCGUCACCUUACAGAGGAGCGCCGCCAAAAGCUGUGACCCCACCGAUGGAGCCUGGUCUCGCACCACCGUAAACGGCUGUGGCUACAACAGCUUCUCUCUUUCAUGCACCGAGCACGUGCGGCGGCCCUCCAGGAGGGUGGAGGUGUCCCCGCCCGUGAGUCCCGAAACGCCACAGCGCCACUUUGUGUUCAAUGGCCGCCACUUUUCCACAACCUGCACCAUGCCGGGCCGCAGCGCCUCGCACAGGAACUGCUCCCUGCUCGGCCGCUCACCGGGCUCCCAUCAACGCUACGCCCUCUCGGAGGUCCCUCGGUGGGCGCCGCGUCACGCCUCCACGCCCUCCAACGGGAGCUUCCGUCUCUGGUCGGAUGCGUCGUUUCGUGGGUUGGAGUCAGGCUGGAAUGAUUCGGUUUUCCAUCAGAGCAGGAUUAGCGUGCAGGAGCAGGGCAAUGAUGGGAUGGUGAGGCGGGAGAAGCUUCACAGACUCAACACAAAUCCACACUCGGCCGUGGAGGUGGAUGCCCCGGCCGCUCUUCAGCAGAUACCAACCAACAGUAUCUCAGCUAUGAAGCCUCCAGAGAUGACGCUAGAGAGGGCCGUCAACCUGCUGACUCAGCAGAACGAGGACACGCUGAUCGGGGCCGCCGCUCACAUCCAGUCUCAGUGCUUGAAGAGCGCCGACGCCAGGAGGAUGGUGUAUUACCUGCGCGGCAUCAAGAAGCUGCUGCACCUCCUCCACAGCGACGACGAGGAGGUGCAAGGCGCCGCCGCCGGGGCCCUGCGUAACGUCGUCUACCAGAGCAGUGAGAACAAGAUGGAGGUGAAGGACAACGCCGGAGUGGCCACCGCUUUGCGCGUCCUGAAAAGCAGCCGCGACACGGAGACCAGGCGACAGCUGGCGGGCCUCCUGUGGAACCUGUCUUCUCACGACCUCCUGAAGGAAAGCCUCAACAGGGAAGCCUUGCCUGUCCUCACGCAGUCGGUCCUCGUGCCAACCUCUGGCAUUUCCGAAGGGGAUAACCCAAAAGACGAACUCCUGGCGGAUGACGAAGUCUUCCACAGCGCGACCGGCUGCCUCAGAAACCUGAGCUCCUCUGGUCCAGAUGGAAGGAAAACCAUGAGGGAGUGCGAGAACCUCAUUGACUCGCUGGUCUACUACAUCCGAGGAACCAUAUCUGACUACAAGACGGACGACAAGUCCACAGAGAACUGCGUCUGCAUCCUGCACAACUUGUCCUAUCAGAUCGAGUCGGAGCUGCCUGACAAGUAUGCAAAAAAUCUCCUGCAAUCACAGCAACACAUACAGCCCAAAGCCAAGACUGUGGGCUGUUUUGCCCAACGCAGCGGCAAAAGCACAGAGCAAGCUGAGCAUCAGUGCAUGCUGCUGGAGGAGAAGGCCAACCCGCGCGGGAUUGAAUGGCUGUGGAGCUCCAUCACCAUCCGCAUGUACUUGUCGCUCAUCGCCCGCAGCGUGCGCCACUACACGCAGGAGGCGGCCAUCGGGGCUCUUCAGAACAUCACGGCUGGGAACGGAGUGAUGACUGAAGCUAUCGCCUACACUAUCGUCCACAAAGAAAAUGGCCUUCAGCAUGUGAGGAAAGUGCUGCAGGAGGGCGAGCGCGACGUGAGAAGGACGGCCGUGUCGCUCAUCAAAAACCUCUCUCGCUUCUCGGAGCUGCACCCUGACAUUGUUAAGCAGGUGUUGCCAGAGGUGGUGGAGCUGCUGCCCAAUAACGACACGGGCAGAGACCUUCCCUCGGAUAUGACGGCGUCCGUGUGUCACGUCCUCAUCAACCUGAGCCAGCGCAAUGUGAACAAUGUCAGAGCCAUACUGAGUCAGGGUGCCCUCCCCAAGAUCUGCAACAUCAGCAAGAAGGACAGCGGUUAUGGACCAAGCAGAGCGGGCCAAGCUGCAUGUCUCCUAUUGCACACCAUGUGGAAGCACAAUGAUCUCCAUGGGACCUACAAGAAGUGUGGCUUCAGGAAAGCUGAUUUUAUUAACGCAAGGACGACAAAGGCUGUUAGCGCCAUCCAGGACUGAAGAGAAGACACCUGACACCGUUUUCUUUCUUCUUUUUUCUAAAAAAAACAAAACAAAACACAAGUGCAGUUGAACGUUUUAUAUUCUAUAGAACACUUAAGACAUUUGUAGUUCUCCAACCUCACUUUUUUAUAUUUUUUUAUAUUUUGUACACAAAACCAACCAUGAUUUAUGCAACUUAAAACAAGCUAAUGUCCGAUGAGUGAUCAAACUGAUGAUUUCAUAGUUGAAUAGCCUGAACACACAAAGAUGAAUUCGGCCUAUGAGCAGUUGACAUGAAAAUGUGUUCUAAUGAACAUUAUAAAACUUGGAAAUGUAAAAAGAAAGGUAAGGCAUUCAAUUAAAAGGGUAUUUAUGUAUUCUUUGUGACGUUUCACCUACGUUUGAACUCAUUUGCGUGCUAUUAUUAUCGUGUCCGCUAGAGGGCAGUAGAGCGACAUGUAAUAAUUUCUCAUCAAACUUUGUCUUUUCACCCCUAAAUGUGUCCCCAAGUGACCUUAAAUAAUUAAUGCAUAAGCUCCCUGCAUCUCAUAUGCUUUAAUAACACAUGGAUUAAACUCUUGGCUUUUCUAUUUGAG